AGGGGUGACUCGAAGGGCGAGGGGUAUCGACCGUUGUGCGUCUCGCUCAGACGGUGAACGCGCGCCGGCAAUGCCACACGCGCCACGCAAAACAUGUCCACGCCGCUACCGAAAUGUGCUGGCGUCAGGUCUCAAAACUACAAAAGUCUGUGCUCAUAGUGCUUUUCUACUUUACCGUGUACGUUCUCGUGUCAUAUUCCAUGUCCCCGGAUACUGAUUUCGCGUUUGUGAGCGACGAUUUGCGUGUUGGGGAUAAAUAUGCGUUGAUUUAUCUCGUAGCGCCUCGGAGUCCUGUUUUUACCGACGCGGAGGGAGCGAAUGUUUUCAAAAGUCGUCGCUGCGGACAGUGUUUCAUCACUAAUAACAGAGGAUUUUUGCCGAUGAGCGAGUACGAUGCUAUACUUGUGCUCGGAGACCGCAGCUUGCUUUACGAAACUUCGGCUUUCAUGGACCCUGGGAAGAGGUUUCUGAUAGAAACGAGUAGGAAGUGCGUUAAGGAGAAGCUCAGAGGAUGCAGCUGGGAACCUAGGAUCACCUCAUUCGGAGACAACAAGCCAUACGAUCUGUGCAGUCUCUGCGAGCAUCUACAUAGAAAGCGCCUUAAACCAAACAGUUAGAAUCUGUUCAUGUGAUAAUAGGUAAACUAAUUAAUUUUAGGCUCAAACAGAUGCCUUGCUAGGGUAGUCAGGUUGCGGCCUGCCAAAAUAUUCAAGUUUUCUAAAAUAUACCUAGUUAUAUCUCAAAGUUUUACAAUGGUGCUUAGUUCUCAAAAUUGUACUGAAUCUGGGCUGAAAUCUUGGUUUUUAUAGACCUGUUAAGCAAAAUGUGACCCCCUUUGAUGUGCAACGAAAAUAUACUAAAGAUAUUCCUAAAAUGAACCUUAACACAAAGUCGUAAAGUCUAUCAAUGGUCACUUAAGUAGGUACUUACUAUGUAUUGUACUUUUUCUUUGACGUCCGUACAUUCUUAGCGCAUUUUACUAACCCGCUUAGAAUUAAGUGAUUCGAUUUUCAAAUAACAACGUAUUUACAUUCCAAUUACAAUAAAUCCGGCCAUGUGUUCCAUUGUUAAAACACCUGUAUUUAUUUAUGGCACGAACGAUUUUUUUCAAAAUUCUGGGAUUUUGCCAAAUACUAAGUACUAUUUUUGUCUGAAUAGCGAUUUUAAGUGAAUCUGGCAUUUGAUUAACCCAGAUUUUUAGGUUAUGUUGAAAUGUUCUCUGACCUACAAUUUGUAGGUAAGGUAAAUGCGCCUAUGUAUAAAGUAUCAAUUGAACAAAUUAUGAAUGGUAUUUUUAAUACCGAUCUUAAAUUGUGCCAAUUUAAGUCUCAACAGUUAUCGACAAUUGACCUAUGAAUAUUCCAUUCAAUACAGAUGUAAUCGUAACGGCACGUACUUAAUUGUACCUACCUAUUUAUUACAUGCUAUUGGUACCAAUACCAAUUGAGUUUAUUUGCCAAAUCAAAGACGUCAGUACCUAACAACUACAUAAUUAGGUAUAUUGAUUUCAAUUACUUAAUGAAAAUACGUAUUGUUAUGUCUCAUUCUAUCGAUUGCAUUGCAAUUAAUUUAAAUACAUUACGCUAUCAGACUUAGGUAUUUGAUUAGUUUUUUUUUUUAUUACUGGCCAAGAACACAAAUACUGAUUGUUUAAAAAUAACAAUCCAAAUAAUAUGUGUUGUGUCUCUGUGGCAGGGAUGUCACGAAUGUCGCAUUCUUCAUAUUCGCGAAUGUCCAGGAUGCGAAUGUCCGAAUGCGUAUACAAAUGUUAGGGAAUGUUGUUUUGUUAUUAUCAUUCCUAAUUAGAAAAAAAUCUGUAAGUAUAUAAAACAUGUAAUCUUAAAGUGUUGCGAAAUGCUGUCUACUGGUCAAAAUCAAAAUGCAUUACCUACUUGGAAGCAGUUUGCGCGCACUGCCCAUACGCGAGUCGACGAGACAGGACACGACCUGCGCACAUUCGCAUUCGCAAAACAUUCGCUGCAUUUGAUGAGAAUGCGAACGUCGAUGCGAAUGUUUAAAAUGAUGAGAAUAUUCGUAUAUACGAAUGCGAAUAUUCGUGACAUUCCUACUCUGUAUGUAUUAUAAUAUAGAUUUACUUCAUGUAUUUAUAGAACGAACAAAAUUGAUUCGACAUGGUAGUUAAUGUCAUUUCAAGAAUAGGUAUAGCGAAUUGUAACAAAAAAUGUACCAAGCAAUUUCUCAAAGUCACUGGUUGCAAAUUAACCACAACUCUUAGAACAGAAAUAGUACAAUGGGUAUUUUAAGUAAGUACAUAAUACAAUAGGUAAAGUGUGAAUACCAAUAGGGUCGAUAUUUUAAGAAUUCAUUUGAUAUGUUAUUUAAAAUCAUGUUGUAUCCAGUCUAUAUUGAUUGUACACGUUUUUUGUUUUAUAUAAAAUCAUUGCGUCUUUUAUAUAAUGAGAUAUUAAUAAAGGACGUAGAUACUAUCAUUUUCUUGAACUUAUGAAGGGUAUGUUAGCUGGAUCUUUGUUAUGUUGUAUUAGUUAUAAGAAAUAGCCAUUAUAUUUAAUUGUGUGUGGGGUCCAAGUAUGCUUGAAGACAAGGUUAUGUAACACCUGUAGAUAUAAGGAAAAAAGCUGAAUAAAAAGCCAAAUAAAAUCAUUUUAACUUAAAAGUAUGUUCGUCUAGUCAUUAAUUUUGGAAAGGCGAUGGAUUUUGGGUGUUUAUGCGAACAGUUUUGUAAUGGACAAAUGUGUAAUAUAAACAUUAAAAUAUACGCCCAUUUAUUAUAAGGAAAUAUAAAUCUUGGCAAUCCUGUAAAAUUAAAUGUCAAAGUUAGGCAAAUUACAGCAAGAUCUAGGCCGCAAGCUUAAAAUACUCCAUAAUAUAAUGCGCUAUGAGCAUCUAUGCCUCGCGUAACCAUAGUAACCCACCUACACUGUGUCAUUAAUAUUAUAACUUUCCUUAAAUAGACUUCUAUUAUAACUAGACAAUAAUCAAUAUUAAAUAACAUUCAGAAGCAUUUGCAGCUUUUACAGUUAUUACUGUAACGUGUUAACAAUAUGCUAAUGUUCCUAUUAUUAAGAUAAUAAUUGUUAAUACAGUAAAUUUCAAAUACCAGCUCAGAAAUCUAAAAUUUCAUACCGUCGUUUCAUAUACUCGAAUCAAAAAUAUUUAAAAUGAAUUAUCACAUAUUAUCUAAAAUUAUAUGUUGUAAUCGUUUAAACGCUUAGCUUAUGUCAUAGAUUAUAUCGCUCGAUUAUUAUGAGUAUGACUAGUAUAGUUCGUGUCAUCCACGAUGUCGCGCAGAUUUCUCAAAUCUAACCUUUAAUAAUAUGAUAAUACGAGUCAAGGCACGCGUCUUCGUGAAUGACACGAUCUUUAUCCGUCGAAGCUAUCUUUGCAUCGAUUUGAACAAAGUAAAAAUCAUUAUAAUCGUCAUAUUUUCAUAGGACUUUGGCAUUAAAGACUUGCCGCCCUUUAUCAUUACAAAUGCCGUGCGGAGUUAGCAUGGUCCGACAAACACGAACAGGCCAAUUCCAUAAAUAUAAUGUGAUACUGAUCUAACAUGGAUCUGACGUUAUUCCAAUAUGAGAUGGUUCCAAGCUAUAGAGGACCUGCUGAAUUGCGCAUUAUGUCAACUUUCAACCAAAAACGUCACUUUUGACACUAACAGGUCUGUAUCAGAUCAGUAUCAUAUUGGAAUGAGAUUUAAUAACUAAAACUCCAAUUGGCCUGGUAGUGCGGAGAGCAAAAAGAGCGAAAUAGAUAACCUUUUUAAGUCAAAUGUCAAGAUUUUAUUUACACCGCCUUAUCUCUAUGAAAUAUGAUUACUUACCUUAUUAAUUACCCACAUGGUGAUAAAUGUGAUAUUAAUCACGAACGUAAGCCUCUUAUCUCCUUAGACUGCGUUUCCACUAAAGAUGUGGGAGGAUGCCAAUAGAAAAUUGCCGACGAGAGCUGCGCUGAGCGAGAAUAUAUGAAUGAAGUGAUUCUAUUGCUUCUUAAUAAACACAUCCCUCGCUAUUGUAUCCUCAUACGUUUCUGAUGAAAACGUAGCGUAAUGGAAUUAAAAAGUGUGCAACUUUAGAUAUUUUUAAUAAUAUUCUUACAUAUAUAUUUUUACAUUUUUAAUUUUUAAAUCCAUAUAUACCUACUUCUCGCGUCAAAUGAUGAUAUAAAUAGACAUACCCUAGACCGAGACCCUAUGAUAUAAAUAGACAUUAACAAUUUUUUUUUCAUUAAAUUUCACAGAGAAGAGGUUGAAAAGGCAACUUGAAAACGGCAGUUUUCAGCUUAAUUCGAAUAAACAAUAUUUCACAUUUUGUAUGAAGUCUUUCAAAACAGACAAAACGAAUACAUACAUACUAAUAUUUUAUGAAAGUUCAUUUGUAAAUGAUUAGUUUUAGAUUAUUUUAAGUAGAAUUUCUAAUGUUUUUAGAUGGAAGUACACACAGUCAUAUAAUUUUCGUAACUUGCAAUGUUCAUUUCUGGUCUGAAAUUAAAAAAAGUAAUUUUUUUGUUAAUAUUAAUAUUAAAAUGACAUACUUAAUAAAGGUUUUAAAACUUGUAAAGAUAUUUUUCAAUGAAUACCUAUGUAAAAUAGUUUUGAGUCCUAUGUGACAUGUCUAGUAAGCCACAUAAAUGUUUGAUGUAAGUUCAUAAAUAAAAUGAUAUUAAUUAAAUUUGUUAUAUAACAA